UUUAUCAGGAAAACCGUAGCCCGGGAUUUCAAAUUUGAAUUUGAUUUCAAUUUAAAUAAUUGUGAAAUGUUAGUUUGAUUUAUCAUUAAAACAAGUUCUUCUUAUUUUUUUCAUCUUGUUAUAGUGACAUUCUAAAGGUAUUACACAGAUUCCUGGACAUAUGUUUUAGUGCAUCAUUAUGGAUGCUGAUAACCAACAACCAAAUGAUGAUGAAAUAAUUUUGGAGGAAAUAGCAAAUACAGAAAUUAUGAAUGUAAAAGAAGCUUUAAGAAAAUUAUAUGAUGUUUGGCAAAUUUUUGGUAUUGACAGCAACCAAAAAGCACAAAGAGCAAGAGCUGUAUGGGUUCAUAUAAAAAAUCUUUUAAAUGAUAUUUUUGAUGAGGAGACCACUUUUUGUAAUGACACCAAAGAGCGUAUUGAAAAUUUUAAGGUCAAAAUACAAGAAUUGUCAAAGGCUCUAUCAAUAUCACCCAAAGAAAUUAAUGACAAAUCACUGAUUAAGCAAGAAGAAAUGUUGCGUCAAGAAUUAGAUAGCUUAUCUAAAUUGAAACACAAGAGAUUAAAAUCAUAUAGAGAUUUAAAGAAUGUUGAAUUGCAGCUUUGUCGAAUUUUAAAUAUGCCUGAGCACCAGCUUCCUUCUAACACUGGAGUUCCAUCGGAAAAUGAUUUGGAUGAGCUUCAACAACAUAUUGACAUGCUUAAAAAAGAAAAGGAAAUGCGUCAUAAGAAAUUGUGCAAGGUCAAAAAGGAACUGACUACAAUUUGGGAAACAACUGAAUUGACUCCAGAAACACCUCUUGAAAAAGAAAUUUUGUCAGAGAAGGAAAAUUUUUCUCUUUCUAAUGAAACAUUUAAAGCUUUAGAAGAAAUCAUCAACAAAGCAAAGAAGAAGAAAAUAGAGUUGGAGACUGAAAAGAAAACAUUGAUGAAUAAGCUGAAUGUCUUGUGGGAAAGGCUUAAAAUAGAUGAGAGCAAACGUGUGACUUUUUUAUCAAAUCAUGUAGAUUAUCGUCUCUCAACCAUAAAAUCUAUUCAGGAGGAGAUUGAAAGAUGUGAAAAAAUUAAAAAAGAUAACAUUAAAAUGUUUAUUAGGUCCCUUCGUCAGGAAUUGCAUAAUCUUUGGGAUAAAUGUUACGUUUCAGAAACUCUAAGACAGCAAUUUGAAUACUUUUCAUGUUCUGAAGCAACAGAUGAAAUUCUGGAAGCUCACGAGGCUGAAGUUGAAAAAUGGAAAAGUUAUUAUGAAGAUGUUCAGCAUAUUAUUAAAAAAAUAGAGAAGAGGAAAGAACUGUGGGAGCUGAUGAUUGUUUUUGAAAAUAAAGCAGCAGAUCCAAAUAGAUUUAAAAAUCGCAAAGGGAAUUUGUUGCAGGAAGAAAAAGAAAGGAAGAGGCUACAAAAAGAGCUUCCUGCUUUAGAAAACAGUAUUUUCCAAGAUAUUGAAGUAUACGAAAGGGAAAAAGGCUCACCAUUUUUAUACUAUGGUGAAGAUUAUAGGCAAGUUGUAACCAAACAAUGGGUGGAACGAAUUAACCAAAAGGAAAAUGAGAAACAAGAACGACACAAGCAACAUUUAUUGCAACUGGGAAAUGUCACAGGAACACCGGGAAAACGACCUCUUAUGACAACUCCCAAAUCAGCUCCAAGCAAGAUGCUUAAAUCCAGUACUGGCGUAUCCAUGUUUCAGACUCCUGCAGCUCAUAGCUCCAGAAUGGUACCAAGUACUACUGGGAAGUCAACGUCUAAAGUCACUAGGUUGUUUACUAGUCGUCCUAAUGCUAUUCAAAGAAAAGAUCAGAAAAUGGUUUUGAGGGAGAGGAACCAACAAAAUUUAAUUCAGUCCAGAACAUCUCCAAAUGGUACAACUUAUACAGAUUUUGCCAGUGAAUUGAAUCGCACAUCAAGGUGGAAUUUACGAAGUUCUGUACUUGCAACUCGCAAACCAGGAGGAACCAGGAUAUCCUUGAAUAAUAAUAAAAAUAAGAAAUCCCUGAAUUGCAGUCAGAAUAAGAAAUCUUUGAGUACUAGUAGAAGCAAAAGGAGUAGGAAGUCCAUUAAAAAUAUUUCUGGUACCAUGCCGGGUUUAACUCCAGCUAGAGGGAAGUUAGGCUUGCCAUUUUUAAUAUAAAGUUUUUUAUGAAGUCUAUAGCUUUGGCAAGAAUAUACCUAGAAUUUUCUUUUUUAGUUUUAUAUUAUUUGGGUAGAUAGUUUAAGCAUCUUGUUUUUUAUUCUUUUUCUAGCUAGCUGAUGCUUCUUAAAAACCACUUAAACUGUCUUUAUGUGAAAGAUGACUUAUCAUAUUGUGAUGUAUUAACUUUUUUUAAUUUUCACUCUUUCAAUUUAGCCAAGUUGACUUCAAAUGUUUAGAAAAGUAAAUAUAUAAUGGGCUUGUUUAUUUUUAAUAUGCUUAUUAAUAAGUCAUACCAAUAAAGAUAUUUAUCUUGCUGAUGUCAUUUGAUUUAAUAUAGUUAUAAAAUACAGUUUGUAUUGUAAUAAUUAAAAA